GCCAGCGAGUGGGGGACGUGGAUAGAGCAAUGAAACCCUAGUGCGGGAUUUUCGGAAAUGGCCACGCUAGUCUCCUCCACCAGCGCCGCGCAUUCGCUUCUUCCCCACGGCGCUGCCAGAAGGAGCUCGCAUUCUUGCUGCUCGCACAGGAAUUCCUUCUUUGGAGCUGAAUUGGAUCGAAAGAGCGUGUAUUACAAGUUGCGGCGAUCGAGGAGCCGGCGGGAGCUGCGAUUUCUGGUCAGUGCGCACCUAGGUCAGCCGGAGGAUUUGGAGUCGGCAUUGGAUUUGCUAGCGCAAGCGCCGGAGUCAGUCCAGAAUGCGCUCGCUAGAGUGGAGGGAUUUCUCUACACUGUGGCGGAUGCCGCUGUCGCCACGGAUGUUGUAACGGAUGGCACGAGUGAGACCGUCCAACAGGCCCAGCAGAGCGAUUGGUUCUCUGGCGUGACUACUGUCAUGGAAGCGGUGCUCAAGGUGUUGAAGGACGGUCUUACAACGCUCAAAGUGCCGUAUGCCUACGGGUUUGCGAUCAUUCUACUCACAGUCUUGGUGAAAGUUUUGACGUUCCCAUUGACGAAGUCACAGGCAGAGUCCACCAUAUCUAUGCAAAACUUGCAGCCAAAAUUGAAAGCCAUCCAGCAACGUUAUGCUGGAGAUCAGGAAAGGAUUCAAAUGGAGACAGCUCGUCUCUACAAGCAAGCUGGAGUUAAUCCUCUUGCUGGAUGUUUGCCAACCUUGGCGACUUUGCCUGUCUGGAUUGGCUUGUACAGGGCAUUGUCAAAUGUUGCAAAUGAGGGCCUCUUGAGUGAAGGGUUUUUCUGGAUACCUUCUCUGGCAGGUCCGACAACAAUAGCUGCACGUCAAAGCGGUAGUGGUAUCUCCUGGCUGUUUCCUUUUGUGGAUGGGCAUCCUCCCCUGGGAUGGGGGGACACAAUCGCGUACUUAGUGCUGCCUGUUCUUCUGAUUGGAUCACAAUACGCUUCUAUGCAGAUUAUGCAACCGCCGCAGACUGAUCCAAGCCAAAAGAAUACACAGCUAAUUUUGAAGUUCCUUCCUCUCAUGAUCGGCUAUUUUGCUCUUUCUGUUCCCUCCGGACUCAGUCUAUACUGGUUUAACAAACAUAUCCUCAGCACUGGCCAACAAGUGUGGCUGCGAAAGCUCGGUGGGCGUAAGCCUGUCGUUGCUAGUGGCGGUGGUGACAUAAUCUCGGCUGGUCAGGCCAAGCGGUCUACUCCAUCUCCACCCGCAGCGACUGUAGUACCAGCACCAGCAAGAGAGGCAGGAGGAACAAGAGAAAGCCGACGGGGUGAAAGGUUCAGGCAACUAAAAGCAGCAGAGUCGAAACGAAAAGCCGAGAGAGCAGAGAAAACAAGAUUGGCCGCAGAAUCAACUAAGGCGCCAACGUCGUCUGAGAGAAAAGAGGGGGAGGAAAGUCGCAAAGCCGAUCCAGAGACUAGCGACGGGGACGAGUCUUCUUCGGACGAGGACAGCGAUGAUAGCGAGGCCACGAAGGGCUCGUUGGAGGAAUUGUAUGCUAGCAGUGGGAACGGAGCAGCUAGCAAUGGAGGCUCUCCCAACAAAAGUAAGCGUUCGAAAAGGAAGCGCUCAGUUUGAAACCAACAAAAGAAGACAGCGAUCAGUGUCCAGGUUCGACAAGCUACUCUGCUUGGAUUCAAAAGGAUUUGACUCUGUGGAUAGCCCAGAGGAAUCACUAUCUUACAGUUUUGUAAAAUAUAAUUCUCGUUACUUGCUAGGAUCAAACCCGGAAUCCGGAUUUUCAGCCUUCACAUUCGUUUCGAGAGACUGAGAAGGCCACUCUCUCACGAUGCCUGAGCAUGAGGCGCACGUCAAAAGGGUGAUAGUUUAUUUCGAGAGACUGAGAACUACCUUUGUGAAGGCCACUCUCUCACGAUGCCUGACAAAAGGGUGAUAGUUUAGACGGAGUUGGAUCUAAGGUCCAGAUGCAGGUAUUCAUACUGCACUUAUUUGUUUCACAAACGUUAUACUAGAUUUACAAUUUACCUGCU